CCCGGGUGAUAAUAUAGGGCUAUACCAACUCAAGCAUGGGCGCGGGGAUUACCUGAAUUCAAAUUGUAUUCGCUGGAAAACCCAGUAUUCGCUAUAAACAGCUCGUUUACGAUGUUAACAUUGAGAGUCUUAUUGGUGUUUAUUAAAGGAUCCCCGGUAUCACAAUUCCUUUUUUUGGUCCAUAUUAGAUGAAUUGUCAGACCGCGCAGAUCAGUUUGUAUUUUGUGAUUGGUAUAUUCCUCGUCCUGUGGGAGACAGACCCGUUCAGACACUGAGGGAGAGCAGAGAGGAGAUCUGAAGAGCAGAAAGGACACAUUCACUGAGGAGACGGUCAGAGCGAGUGACUGGAGCACUAGAGCCGUGCUGCACAUCCCACUGACAAUACCUGAAGACUGCUUUAUCCUGGUGAAAGCCAAGGAACAAAAAUGGAGUCUGUUUACAUUAAACAGGAGGUGGUUCUGGAAUUGGUACCUGUGUGCAUUAAACAAGAAAUGCCUGAACUGGAGCCUGUCCACAUUAAAGAAGAGACUGAACUGGAGCCUGUCCACAUUAAAGAAGAGACUGAACUGGAGCCUGUCCACAUUAAAGAAGAGACUGAACUGGAGCCUGUCCACAUUAAAGUGGAAGAGACUGAACUGGAGCCUGUCCACAUUAAAGAAGAGACUGAACUGGAGUCUGUCCACAUUAAAGAGGAAGAGACUGAACUGGAGCCUGUCCACAUUAAAGAAGAGACCGAACUGGAGCCUGUCCACAUUAAAGAAGAGACUGAACUGGAGCCUGUCCACAUUAAAGAAGAGGAGACUGAACUGGAGCCUGUCCACAUUAAAGAAGAGACCGAACUGGAGCCUGUCCACAUUAAAGAAGAGACUGAACUGGAGCCUGUCCACAUUAAAGAAGAGGAGACUGAACUGGAGCCUGUCCACAUUAAAGAAGAGACUGAACUGGAGCCUGUCCACAUGAAAGAAGAGACUGAACUGGAGCCUGUCCACAUGAAAGAAGAGACUGAACUGGAGCCUGUCCACAUUAAAGAAGAGACUGAACUGGAGCCUGUCCACAUUAAAGAAGAGACUGAACUGGAGCCUGUCCACAUUAAAGAAGAGACUGAACUGGAGCCUGUCCACAUUAAAGAAGAGACUGAACUGGAGCCUGUCCACAUUAAAGAAGAGACUGAACUGGAGCCUAUCUACAUUGAAGAGGAGUCUAUUCACUUGUUGUUUAAGGGUUCAGAAAAUAUAUACCGGCCAAAGAUAUCACAUCAAUGUACUGGAUAUGAAAAGAGCUUCAGUCAGUCAGGAAACCUAAAAAUACACCAGCGAAUUCACACUGGAGAGAAGCCGUAUCACUGUAGUGAAUGUGGGGUGAGCUUCACGGUGUCAGGAAGCCUAAAAAUACAUCAGCGAAUUCACACUGGAGAGAAGCCAUAUCACUGUACUAAAUGUGGGGUGAGCUUCAGUCAGAUUGGAAGCCUAAAAGCACACCAGCGAAUUCACACUGGAGAAAAGCCUCGUCACUGUUCUGAAUGUGGAAAGAGCUUCAGUCAAUUAGGACACCUAAAAUCACAUCAGCGAAUUCACACAGGAGAGAAGCCAUAUCACUGUAAUGAAUGUGGGCAGAGCUUCAAUCAGUUAGGAGUCCUAAAGAGACACCAGCGAAUUCACACUGGAGAGAAGCCAUAUUACUGUUCUGAAUGUGGGAAGAGCUUCCGUCAGUCAGGAGACCUAAAAGCACAUCAGCGAAUUCACACUGGAGAGAAGCUGUAUCACUGUACUGAAUGUGGGGAACGCUUCAGUAGGUUAAAAGACCUUAAAAAACACCAGCAAAUUCACACUGGAGAGAAGCCGUAUCACAGUACUGAAUGUGGGGAGAGCUUCAAUCAGUUAGGUGACCUAAAAAGACACCAGCGAAUUCACACUGGAGAGAAGCUGUAUCACUGUACUGAAUGUGGGGAACGCUUCAGUAGGUUAAGAGACCUUAAAAAACACCAGCAAAUUCACACUGGAGAGAAGCCGUAUCACAGUACUGAAUGUGGGGAGAGCUUCAAUCAGUUAGGUGACCUAAAAAGACACCAGCGAAUUCACACUGGAGAGAAGCUGUAUCACUGUACUGAAUGUGGGGAACGCUUCAGUAGGUUAAGAGACCUUAAAAAACACCAGCAAAUUCACACUGGAGAGAAGCCGUAUCACAGUACUGAAUGUGGGGAGAGCUUCAAUCAGUUAGGUGACCUAAAAAGACACCAGCGAAUUCACACUGGAGAGAAACCAUAUCACUGUACUAAAUAUGGGGUGAGCUUCAGUCAGAUUGGAAGCCUAAAAGCACACCAGCGAAUUCACACUGGAGAAAAGCCUCAUCACUGCACUGAAUGUGGAAAGAGCUUCAGUCAAUUAGGACACCUAAAAUCACACCAGCGAAUUCACACAGGAGAGAAGCCAUAUCACUGUAAUGAAUGUGGGCAGAGCUUCAAUCAGUUAGGAGUCCUAAAGAGACACCAGCGAAUUCACACUGGAGAGAAGCCAUAUUACUGUUCUGAAUGUGGGAAGAGCUUCCGUCAGUCAGGAGACCUAAAAGCACAUCAGCGAAUUCACACUGGAGAGAAGCUGUAUCACUGUACUGAAUGUGGGGAACGCUUCAGUAGGUUAAGAGACCUUAAAAAACACCAGCAAAUUCACACUGGAGAGAAGCCGUAUCACAGUACUGAAUGUGGUAAGAGCUUCAGUCAGUUAGGAAGCCUACAUAUACACAAGCGAAAUCACACUGGAGCCAGCCUCCCUCCCUCUCAGUCCCUCACCUCUCCACCCUGCUUGUUUGAGUGUGUGGAGAGCUGACUGAUUCCUUGUCUCUCUCUCACCCUGCAGUAAAUGAAAGGGGUCCCCAGGAGUGAGAGCCAGCCUGAAUCCAGAGACACUGAGAAGGGGAGCGUGUCAAACUGAAGGAGACAGACCCAUUCUUUCAGAAUGAACUGGACAGCCCUGGGAUUCAGCUCCACUCCUGCCCCUGAAUUGGAAAUGAAUCUCACUCAUCAUGCUGUGAGGAUUUAGGACAGUUACAGGGUCAUUCUACUUAAGGGACACAGUGGAAAUAUGCCAAGCUUUUUCUUUGAACAAUUAUAUGUGUGAUAUAAACCCAACACAUUACACUCAGCUGCCAAUAACAUUUAUGAUAUUUUUAAAAUGUAAUUUGAGCUAUAAAUGGCAUUACUGUUCCAAUGUCAGUGAUUACAGUAUACAAUACAUAAGUGAAUUGUUUAAAAGCACCCAAAACUAAGAAUAUCUUCAUGGGUGUGGCAGCAAUGUGUGCUUCAUCUAACUAGUAUGGCCUCUAAGCUCUUGCACCAGUGCAGACACAAGCUGGAGCAACCUUGUGUUUUUUGUUUUUAUUUUAGGUGGUGCAAACUUUGCACUGGAGCAAAAGCUGUUUUGGUUUUGCAUGAAUUUGAAUGAAUGAAUCUGCUUUGCUGAGUGUUUAAAUACUGAGAAACUCCAAGCUUACUGUCUACUGGAGCCCUGCUUCAGUGCAAUGAGAUUGAAAUACAAUGUGUAGAUUGUAUAUCCAAUUAUUGUGACAGACCACAAUAUUAGACCUGUAUAAAUAUAAUACUGUAAAACAUGAAAGGUGAGCAAGCAAACAAUUUUCACUAAUGUUACAUUUGUUACAAAUCUGCAGAACCUACAUGCAGCAACAUUACCAUCAUUACUACAUUCAUAGUUUAUACAGUUUAUGAAUAAUUGAUCGAAACAAUCUGCAGAAUGAAGUUGCCUCAGACUGUUUGACAGUAACAGAGCUGGUGCUUUUGUGGAAUCACCAUUAGCUGUUUUAUUCUUUUUGGCUUGUUUGUUUGUAUUUUGUAUCAGUAUGCUAUCAUUAGAGUGAUAACACCUGAUACAUCCUGAGGCAAGCUUAGCUAUUUAGAAAGGGUUUCAUUAAAAUUGAAUUUCCUGUACAUUUUCCAGUAUCUCUGUAUAUAAAGGGCACAUGUUUCCAUUACCUCUGUAUGUAAAAGGUUUCUCAUUUUUAAACUGUCAAUGAUUCCUGAGAGAGAUCUGCAGUGGAACUGAACAAACCCAAGGGAGACAUUGAAAAAUACAAGCUUGUCAAAGGGGGAGAUGCUGCUGCAGGUUUGAUCAUACUGGCUUCAUGAAAUGAGAAAAGGAAUUCCCUCUGUGUCCUGGAAUUCCUUUGCUAGUGUAUCAUGAUGUAAGCCCUGGAGUGUGGGCUCAGUCUUCAUGAAAUGAGAAAUGGAAUUCCUUUGCUAGUGUAUCAUGAUGUAAGCCCUGGAGUGUGGGCUCAGUCUUCAUGAAAUGAGAAAUGGAAUUCCUUUGCUAGUGUUUCAUGAUGUAAGCCCUGGAGUGUGGGCUCAGUCUUCAUGAAAUGAGAAAUGGAAUUCCUUUGCUAGUGUAUCAUGAUGUAAGCCCUGGAGUGUGGGCUCAGUCUUCAUGAAAUGAGAAAUGGAAUUCCUUUGCUAGUGUCUCAUGAUGUAAGCCCUGGAGUGUGGGCUCAGUCUUCUCUGCUGCCUGCUUGUUCUCAGUGUGUGAGUUCAGCUGCAUUUCCAGUGUCCUGAGCUGGGCUUUGAACCCACUGGAGACGCAGCUGAGAACAAGCCAGACCCACGACUUGUUUUAGAUCAAAUAAGAUAAGAAACCUUAUACACAGAACUCUGUUUUAUUGAUGUUUUUUCUAUGAAUGUAUUACUUCGAAUCUCUUUGCAUUGUGUUGCAAUUUAGACAUUGUCACAUUUCAUAUUAAAAAUCACAGCUAAGUCUGUUAGAAAUAGACUACAGAUAUGACCAGAGGUUUUGCCUCACUCUAUAGAAUGAACUAAUUUUGCUUCAUAAAGUUGAAUGAAACCUGCUGAAUAAUGUUACGUUAACAUAUUGAAUCAAACACCGCUUUGUAGUUUUCCAUUUACUUAAUGAAAAACUGACAAAUUGAAAAACGUGACAUUUUGGAAUCUAACAUGAAAUGCAGUACUAGUAUUUUUGGCUUCUACUAGAGUUUUGUUAUACAGUUUUGUAGUUUCUUUGAUUUACAUGAUGUUAAAUAAAAUAUCUAAACUAUGUCCAUAUGUUUUGUUUUAAUGCAUUUGAGUUGAGAAUCCUAAACUUUUACGUUUUAACUACGGCUAUGAACAAAAGUUUUGCAUCACCCGAUAAGAUGAAAUAAUUUUGCUUCAUAGUUGAAUGAAAGCUGCUGAAUAAUGUUACAUUAACAUAUUAAAUUACACACUGCUUUGUGUCUGUAUGCUUAAAAAAGCUGAGAAAUUGAAAUCUAACAUGGAAUACUGUACAAUGAUGGCUUCCAGGAGACUUGCGAUCUCAUUGUGUAGUUUAAUUGAUACUUCAUGAUAAAUAAAGUAUCUAAAUUAUGUUUUCUUUUAAUUGUCUCAAUCCUAAAAUUCUAGGUGAUGCUAAACUUUUGUCCGACCUGUACAUAUAAAUCAGCACUGCCAUUAAAGUAGAAUGUUUAAAUCUUUAUAUAUUGUGUAUCGAUUGCAUUCUAUCAGACAGUGUGAAGUGAAGAUGAUGCUAUUAAAAGAGAACACCUUUACACAUUUCACUAUUCAGAAGCCACUAAUAAACUUUGCAUUGAUUUUACACUGAA